GCGAAAAUUCAACCGCUUCCAGUUAUCUCUUUACUUGGCUAAAUUUAUUUGAUGUAAUUGACCAAUGUGAGCAGGGGAUUAUUGAGUUAAAAAUUAAUAAAAGCCCGCUAAUACGGAAAUUGCUUCGAAAACUCGUUAACAACACGCACAAUAUGCAUGCCACUGUGUAGAGCAAAUUGCGCAUACGCCACGUUGAACUGUCGUAUUCGUAUUCGUAUUCGGGAUUUCGUAAACAUAUUGUUGCGGUAAAUUGCAUGCAGCAAUUUCAAUAAGAAAAUUGUUUGCACAGUUUUUGUUCGGCUUUGUGUCACCGAUUUGCAAAUAUUUAAGGGAUUCACUCUCAGCCGGAGAAAUGGACAUUGUCAUACGUGAGGAGGACAUUUCUUUGGCCCAAAUUGGCGUCUAUGCCUCUGUGUCCUUUCUCGUUGUUUCUGCAGUUGGGGCAGCGCUGUAUACCACCUGCUCAAAACGCUAUCGCCUGAACUGGUUCGAACAAAAUCUCCUGGAGUCCGCCAACGAAAAGGAUGAAGAUCAGCAAAGGGAGGCUUUGGUUGCCGGUGCCGUGGGCUACAAUGUGGACAACGUGAACGAGGUACCGCGUGGGAAAUACAGCAGCGGAAAUGCCGGUAACCUCAGCCCCACCUCUCUGAAAAGCGAGGACAAUGACCCGGCCUUUUGGGUGCCGGCUUCAGUCACCUCCACGGCAGCCAUCCAGCAACAAGUGUCCAAUACCACCGAGGAGUCCGCACCGCCAACAUCACCCACCGGGAGCCUGAAGUCAAACACCUUGUCCUACUGUUCCACCACCUCCGUGCCAAUCGCGAGAUCUGAUAAGCAUGUGGUCCUUGCUAUGCAUCCGAGCCGUCCCAGAGUUUCCUCUAUGAACGCCAAGCUGGAUCACACCAAAAUCGACAUGACCUUGUAUAGAAGUCAUUCUCAGCCGAAGACUAUCAAUCCAGUUUCACUCAACGAAGUUCGGGGUAAUUUGCAUGUGAGUCUUGGCUACGAUCCAGUUGGAGGAUUGCUAAAUGUUCGACUCCUGGAGGCCCAGAAUCUGCAACCGAGGCAAUUUAGUGGAACUGCCGACCCAUAUGCCAAAGUCCGCUUGCUGCCGGAUAAAAAGAACUUUUGGCAGACGCGUAUACACAAGAGGACCCUGAAUCCAGUUUUCGACGAGCAGUUUGUUUUUGAGGUAACAGCCGGAGUAAUUGACAAGCGUACUGUGGAAAUUUUACUAUACGACUUUGAUGCUUAUUCCCGGCACGUUUGCAUCGGAGGAAGUAAGCUACAUUUGGCCAACUUGGAUCUCAGCGAGCAAUUGAAGUUGUGGACUCCUCUUAGUUCUGCCUCGGCCCAAGAUAUGAAGGUGGAUUUGGGCGAUAUAAUGGUGUCCCUAGCCUAUUUGCCAUCAGCGGAGCGUUUGAUGGUCGUCCUUAUCAAGGCACGAAACCUGCGGAUUGUCGACGAUGCCCGGAACUCCUCGGACCCUUAUGUAAAGGUAACCCUCCUCGGUCCCGGUGGCAAAAAGAUAAAGAAACGCAAGACGGGCGUUCAAAGGGGCACCCUGAACCCAGUCUAUAAUGAGGCUCUUGCUUUCGAUGUGGCCAAGGAGACUUUAAAAAACUGUGUACUAGAAUUCACCGUAGUCCACGAUGGCCUAUUGGGAUCAAGUGAAAUAUUAGGACGAACUCUCAUUGGAAACUCUCCGGAAGUACGCACCGAGGAAAAAAUAUUUUUUGAAGAAGUUUUUCGUGCCAAAAAUGCUACGGCUCAAUGGGUUCCACUGCAAGAACCGGCAAACAAUUUGGCCACAUCGGCCAAAAGUUCAAAGAACUAGAGUUUUGUAUUAUUGUAAAGGUAUUUUUUUCAGUAUUUCCACAGAUGUCAUCCUUAUUUCUAAGGAUGUGUGUGUACUCGGUUGCAGGCGAUAAAAAAAUACCAAAAUAUCCUUUUGCCUUGUGUCUCAAAAGAGACAUCGAUGGUGGCUGUCUUGGAUGCGUGUAGAAAUGUGAAUGAAGUGAAUAUCCAAACCUUUUUUGUGUUAGCACUGUCAUGUUAAUAACAUUUAAAGAUUCUGUAAUGCGAAAGAACGAGCCACUUAUUAAAACAAGAAAUUAUAUAUAUUAUUCUGUGUAUAUAUACGCUUUAACGAUCGGAAGAUAAUAUAUUUAAAACUUCGUCAACUUUUCUCCGAUCGAGCUUUUGCAAUUAACUCUCAAAAAUAAACGAAUGAACCAAAUACCGAAUGUGGAAAUUGGGAAACCGUUUUUAAAAUACUUAAAGCAUUAUGAAAAGUGUAAUGGUCCUUUCUUUAUAUUCGCGUAAGCUACUCCUAUUAUUGUGAAUAUAGCGGCACAAGUAUAUCAUAUAUAUAAUGUAUAACAAGAACUUGGCAACUUGUUAAUCAAAAAAUUUAAUGAAAUAAGGGAACUUGCAGGGAUACGUAAUAAGAAGGAUAUAGAGCUGAAACAAAAUGUCACAAUAAGUGACAAAUAGUUUCAAACGAGGUCAAAUAUAACUCAAUGAAUGUGCUUUGUACGGUAUCAAUUAAAAAAGAAAAUAUAUAUUUAAUAUACAUUUUAUGUGUCAGAAAUGUCAAGAUGUACCUAAAAUAAAAAUUAUUACCUUGAGCAAAUUACCGAAACAAUAUAGAACGCAAGUGAUGAUUUUUUAAAUAUUUGAUUUUAUUUUAAGUUACGAAAUGGUUUCAGGGCACAGAGGGCACAAAAAUAAUAGAAUUCUAGUUUUUUUCUCACAUUAUAAGAAUUUGUUGUAUAUUAUAAAGAUGCACAGCAAGUAUAAAAAUUUGUAGCCAAAAAACAGGAUUCUUAUAUGCAUUAAUAUUAAUGUAGUGAUUAUAGUAACUUUUGUCUAUAUAGUAGAUUUAGUUUAAAGGCACUAUGUAUUUCAUAAUCGCAAAAUACCUAUACUUAUCC